CAAAGCAAACAAAGAGAGUUCGCGUGAGCUGUGCUCAGUGAAGCCUUUUUAGACCUUAUUUUUAGCAAAUUCUUAGGAAACAUAGUCCAUUAUUGCUUUUAAGUUAUGCAUCCAGCAAUAGCAGUAUCGCURGUGUUUGCAGGGUGUAUGUUGAACAAUGUUUUUCUCGAACUUAUUAUAAGGGAAGCUCCAAGUUCUGGCAACUUUUUUACUUUUUCACAAUUCUUUUUUAUUGCACUACAAGGAUUUAUUUUUACUGCUGACUUUGGACGAAAGUCUCCUAUCAUCCCAAUAAGAUGUUAUUUCAACAUGGUUGCUUUCUUCUUUAUAACAAGUGUCAUUAACAACUAUGCUUUCAACUUUAAUGUUGCUGUUCCUCUGCAUAUGAUAUUUAGAGCUGGAUCUCUUGUGGCAAAUUUAUGUCUUGGAGUCAUCAUAUUGAAGAGAAGCUACAAACUAUCCAAGUACAUCUCAGUUUUGAUGAUAACUGCUGGCAUUGCUAUAUGUACUGUUGUAUCAGCUAACAAAGUGGAAGUCCAUCAUACAGCAACCACUGGCAAUCCAUACACUGAUUAUUUGUGGUGGUGUGUGGGUAUUACCAUGUUGGUUGUUGCGCUAUUUUUGUCAGCUCGUCUUGGUAUCUAUCAGGAACAGCUUUACAGUCAAUUUGGUAAACAUCCAACGGAGGCUCUCUUCUAUGCUCAUGCCUUGCCACUGCCUGGUUUCUUGUUUCUUGGUAGAGACAUCUAUAAGCAUGUGAUGCUGUUCACUGCAUCAGAACCAUUGUACUUGUAUGGUAUGAGUCUCAUCAUCCCAAAACUAUGGCUAUACACACUGGGGAACGUCGUCACGCAAUACAUUUGCAUCCGAGCUGUCUAUGUGUUGACGUCAGAGACCACCUCACUGACUGUCACGCUAGUGGUCACKCUACGCAAGUUCUUUAGCCUUAUGUUUUCUAUUUUCUACUUCAAGAAUCCCUUCACUGUGUAUCAUUGGAUUGGCACUGUUCUGGUGUUUACCGGUACUUUUAUUUUCGUGGAAUUGUUUCAGAAAAUACAAGAAAGUUUGAGUCCGCCAGUGAAGAAAGAAAAGUCGCAAUAAUUCUCAUUGCUUUUUUACAUGUAGCAUAAUAGGCCUUAUUCAAGAUAGUCGACUUAAAGGUUUUCGUAUUUUAAUGCAAAUAAGCCACGCGGUCUUACAGGAGGUUCUCUUAUCGGAUGUCCUUUUCAAUCGUUUUUUAUCGUAUUUCUUUUUUAAGAUAUGUUUUUUAUGAAAGCUGCCUUCUAGUUAAAAAUUUAUCCCACGAGCAAGCACAACACGUACAUUUAACUCGUGGAUUUCGCACAUGAAGUUCGACAUGUGACAGUGACUAACGUGGCGAUAUUUCUCUUGUGACAUUUUGUGCGCAGAGGUUCUCGGGUGCACAUAAGCCCUUUAUAAGCUUGGGGACAAUUCACUUUCAGUGGAGAUUUUUCACAAUAAAAUUUUACAUUUUCUACUUCUUGCUGACAAGACAGUUUUUCGGCCAAAGCUGGUUUGAUAGUACAUGUACGUUAGAUGCUUAUUUGAAACGAGCUCACGCGUGGAAAACCAAAUACUGAUUUCUUUGCAGAAAGCCUUGAAAAUCGUAUCACRAAAAAUAUUGUAUAACAACCUUUGCAGAAGUAGAUAUGAUAAUUUAAUCAAAAGUGAUGAAGCUAUGAACAGAUAAAUUCMAAGGAAUUUAAAUUAUACCAUUGACAACUAUUUAUUGUUUCUCCGUGACGGAUCCAUCAUUUCUCAGAAACAGGAUCAAAAUUUUAAUUUUCACUUUUUUKCUUUUACUAUAAUGUUUACUUGUCUCACUUGAGGUGCAAAAACGGGUACAGCCGAACCACAAUAACCCCCACUGUUUCGAAUGAAAAUGGCACGAGAUAACAUGCUAAAUUUCCUUCCUUUUCUAACUUUCAAUGAGAGUGUUACUGUAUAGUUUAGUGCGGGUUUUAAUUUUAUGGAUUUUAUCAUGAUUUCAAAAUCAACUUUAUGUAAUUUUAUAGUGUUGUCUUAAUUACCUUUUUGUAAAAUCUACAAAUAGAACAAUAAAAUUUAGGUUUCA